GCCCACGAUACCUGACCUCAAUCAGAUGCGCCCCGCCUCAAGAGGUCUUUCAUGGCUGUAAUGGUCCCCCGGUUGCUAUCAAGACGCGCGCCCACGCCCCCCGACAGGCUUUUGGAUUUUGGCGUGCAUUGCCUGGAGCCACUGACUGGCCCUUUCCGUAUCUUGUCCCGUUCACCACGUCCCUACGACCUUGCCCCUUUGCAGCCUCAUCACCUCAUACGCCGUCCAAAGAGCAGUGCUGGGUUACACAAUACCUAGAAAGAGACGAGGAGACGGAAGCACAUCUCAGCAUAGCAUCCCAGCAUGACUCGCGGCAAUCAAAGAGACACAGACCGUGCCAAGGCGCAGAAGAAGGCAGCUGCUGCCAACAAGGGAAAGAAGGAGAGCGGCGUUUCCCUCACCGCCCGUAGGGAGAGGGACGCCCAGAUCAUUCGAGACAAGCAGGCGAAAAAGGAAGCCGAGAAGGAAGCGGCUGCAAAGGCGGGACAGACGAGUUGAGUCGCCUCGUACCGCCUCGCCUUGUCUCGCUUCAUAGCUUUGCUACUUGUCACCUCUUCCCAUAUACAACAUACCUUCUUCAAGCCAGGUGCUUUGCCCUGGUGUACAUAUACGCAUUCUCUCAGCUUCCACAUUCCGCUCGCAAAAUUACAUUGUUACAUUGAACCAUCAGAGGGUAUACGCGUGCCAGUUGAGUUGAUGUACAGCAGAAAUGUCUCGCUUCCAAUUGCCUCCUCCGCCGAUCAGGAGGUCUUGAGACUGGCCCAAUUGAUCUGUCUUCUUCCCUCAGAUGCCCUGCUCUUCUCCAAUGCCCUCAGACAAGCCAAGUGUCUCAUCGUAGGCCGCCCGUGCGGGCAAUUCCAUGGUUGCUCAAUCAUCCCCAUCUGCCGCACAAUCCCGCCCAUCUGUCUGGCACUCAACGCUGUCCCAAUCAUGACGCUCUUCCUACAUGC